UAGAAGUUGAUAAGAAAACAAGUUUAAUAAAAAAUCAAAACCUAGAAAGAAACCGAGAGAGAGACUGACGAUCCGUGAGGGCGAGAACGAACGAGGGAUGUGUCGCUAGGGUUUGCGAGAGAGUGAGAGAGUUGCGUUUGGAGCGAAACAGAACAGAACAGAACAGAGGAAAGACAUUGAUAGAUUGAUCAUCGAUGAAGAGGGAGAAGGAGAAGGAGAAGGGCGUGGCUGUGACAAGCCCUGUGAGUGGCGAAGACAGCGAUGAUAAGCAACGCCCUUCCUUUCCCUCCGUCAGAUUCUCUUCCCGCAACGCUUCCUCCAAAUACGAUUUCGUCAAGGUGAAGGUGUGGUUGGGUGAUAAUGCGGAUCACUACUAUGUUCUCUCCCGAUUUUUGCUCAGCAGAAUGCUAACGGUAACCAAGAUUCCAAACCACGUUGCUAUCAAAAUUGCUCUCGAAUUGAAGAAGCUGCUCACAGAUAACAGCCUUCUAGAUGUCUCUCAAUCUGACUUGGAAGUCAACCUAUUUAAGAAAUGUUCCAAGAGGGUGCUAUUUGUGCAGCUUAUGGAGCGGCGGGGAUAUGGAGAAGAAUACAUAAAUCGUUACAAGAUGAUGACGAGAUUUCAUCAUCAAAGAGUUCCGUUAGUAAUCCUUGUUUGUGGAACUGCUUGUGUUGGGAAGUCUACUAUUGCCACCCAGCUUGCACAGAGGCUAAAUUUACCAAAUGUAUUACAGACAGAUAUGGUUUAUGAAUUGUUGCGCACAUCAACAGAUGCACCAUUGGCAUCGACUCCAGUAUGGGCUAGAGACUUCAGUUCAUCAGAGGAGUUAAUAACUGAAUUUUGCAGAGAAUGCAGGGUUGUUCGCAAAGGUUUGGCUGGUGAUCUGAAAAAGGCAAUGAAAGAUGGGAAGCCAAUUAUAAUCGAGGGGAUACAUUUGGAUCCUAGCAUUUAUUUAGUGGAUGAUGACAAUAAAUCACCCUCUGGUGUACAUUCAGAAAAUAAAGAGAUAAAUCCAGCAUUUAUGACAUUGGAUGAUAAUGCUACUGCACAAAUAAAAGACAUUCAUGUGGGUAGCAGUGAUGAGAGUAAUGGUGGCUCCAGGAUUUUGAGCUCUGAUGAAGGAGUAUCUGCUGACCAGGUUGAUGUAGUAUCAAAUUCCAUGGCAUCCAUGGGCCUAACUGAAAGCAUCCCUGAACAUAAAGUUUUUCUUGCAGUUGCUUCUCUUAGGGAACUGGAGACAGACAAAACUACUAUUAGUAGGGCGAAGUCAGGUCCCAAACCAAUAAUUGUGCCUAUUGUUUUGAAGAUGGCUGAAUUUGACCAUAAGGCAUUACUUGAGGAGUGGAUCUCUGCUCGGACAUUUAAUGACAAAUGUCCAGACCUGGAUAAUGAGAAGCUUAUAGCCAACUUGAAAACCAUACAGGAUUAUCUGUGCUCAUUCACAUCGCAGGGGUUGACUGUGGUCAAUGUAUCGGCAACAACAUUUCCUCAAACAUUGGAUUGGCUGCAUGGUUACCUUCUUCAGUGCAUCGAGCAAGGUAUUAAAGAAAAUGUUACACCAGUAGCUCCAUCAUAGUUCAUGUAAUGAAUGCUUCCAAUUUUGACAGAGAUGGUUUCUAGAUUCAACUUCACUUUGUAAAUGGAUGAUGCUGGAGAAUAACUUAUCAAAUCAAAAGGUUAGGAAGAUCAUGUUCAAAGCUAUCAACUCAACUGAUCGCCAGCCCUAUUACGGUCUUGCUUUGCAAUAUAUGAUCAUUGAUGAUAUCUUAUUUUGUGAGCAGGAUCAUGGCUUGGGGAAAAGAUAGCAGCAUAACUGAAUAAUAGAUGUUGUAAUUAUUGGAUUAUCAACAUUUGCUACCAAAUUAAUUGUAUGAUCUAUCAUGUGUUUUGAUGAGAAAUUUCAUGCUUCCAUUCCAUUGCGUUGUAUGAUCAACAUCUUGCGGCAUAACAAAUAUCAACAAACAUACACACCCCCAAUCCGUUUGAAUUUAA